AUGGCUUCAUCCCACAACGGAGGCCGCUUUGCCUCGCGUACCGCUUUCGAGGCGCUUCAGGUCGAAGAGAUCGAAUCCGACGACGAAGAGAGCGUCGUCGAGCACAAGUCGCCCGCAAAGCCAGCUCAGCCAGCUCAGCCUUCUCAGCCUGCUGCCAACGCCUCGUCUACCAAGGAUACCAAGAGCAAGCUCAACAAGGCCCAGUCCGCCCCUCAGCCGGCCAAGCUCGACACAACCGACAGUGCGAACAAGGUGAUUGCUCCUAAUGGCUACAACGGCACCAAUACUGUCGAGCCUCCUCAGUCGCUCACUUCUGCCGCUGUGGAGAAUCUGGGGGUCCAGGACAAAGUCAUUCCCACUCCCUCAGCACCCUUUGCUGCUUCGGCACCCAAACAAGGCGCCCCCUCUGGCUACCAGACGGCUCUUCCAACUGCAAAACCAGCCUCAGCCAAGGCAGACCAGCCCGAAUCCAUUCUGAACGCUUCCACAAAGGCUGUCAGCAACGACCAUGCGCAAGAUGUCAAAUUCCAGUCGCCACAGCCACCGGCAUCGCGAGAGGCGAACACAUCGCAACAGUUGCCGAAGCAGCCCCAGCAGUCGCAGCAGAGCCAGGAAGAUGCCGCUGCCGCUGCAAAGGCAAAGUGGCAGAAGAUUUACGAGAGGACAUUGUACACGCUCAUCAUGAUUGGAGGAUUCAUCGGUCUCUUGCUACUCGGCCAUCCCUACAUGAUCUUGCUCGUCAUGAUCUGUCAGACUCUGGUCUACCGCGAGAUUGUCGCUCUCUUCAACAUUCCUGGUCGUCCCUCGGUCACUGGCGGAGGAGGACGUUCGAGUCGCAUGUCAUCCGCCCCCACCAGCGCUGCCACUAGCGAGGUGGAUGACGACGAUGAUGACGAGCGCAUCCAGAAGCGCAUCCAAGGCCGUCGCGACCAGCUGUGGAGCAAGACGCUCAGCUGGUACUUUUUCGCCGUCGCCAACUACUUUUUGUAUGGCGAGUCGAUCAUCUACUACUUUAAGCACAUUGUCUUUGUGGAUGCGUGGUUCAUCCCUUUUGCCAGGCAUCAUCGCUUCCUCUCGUUCAUGCUCUACGUGUUCGGCUUCAUGGCGUUUGUCUCCAACCUAAAACGUCGCAACCUCAAGCAUCAGUUUGGCUUGUUCUGCUGGGUGCACAUGUCGCUGCUUCUCAUCGUCUUUUCCAGCCACUUUAUCGUCAACAACAUUCUCGAGGGUCUCAUCUGGCUCUGGGUGCCCGCCUCGCUCGUGGUUUGCAACGAUGUCUUUGCUUACAUUUGUGGUAUGACGUUUGGCAGGACGCCUCUGAUCGACCUCAGCCCCAAGAAGACGGUCGAGGGUUUCGUGGGUGCAUUCAUCGUCACCGAGAUCUUUGCAUACGGUUGGGCCACCUUCUUCCAGCGCUACAACUACAUGAUCUGCCCUGCCGUCAGCCUGGGCAUGAAUGCGUUCAAGGAGGUUACCUGCGACGUCAACCCAGUCUUCCACUGGCACUACCUUUCCUUGCCACCCGCCAUGGCGUCGUUGGCCUCCUCGAUUGCAGGUCACCGUAUCUCGGCGUUCCCGUGGUCUCCGUUCCAGCUGCACGCUCUCGUCAUGGCUGCGUUUGCCAGCCUGGUCGCGCCGUUUGGCGGAUUCUUUGCGAGCGGAUUCAAACGUGCUUUCAACAUCAAGGAUUUCGGCGACAGCAUCCCUGGCCACGGUGGUCUUACUGACCGCUUUGAUUGCCAGUUCUUGAUGGGACUCUUUUCUUACGUCUACUACUCGUCGCUCAUUCGCGAACACCAUGUCACCGUUGGCUCGGUGCUGCAGACCGUAGUAACGCAGCUUACACUCGACGAUCAAAUCGAGCUGUACAACGAGAUCAGCCGAUAUCUCGUUGGGCAGGGCAAGCUCACCAAAGCUUGA